UCACUUUUGCGAAAUACCAAAUGAGGGUCGGGAAACUUCGCUGAUCGCCGUAACCAACCUUUAUUAUAUCUGUUGUUAUUAUGUUGCUCAUAAAACGAGCGUUAUAUAUUUAAAACCGUAGUAAUAUAUUUUUUUUGGGUUUAGUUAUUUUAUAAUUCGUGUCAAGUCAAUUAUAUUUAAGUACAAACUUAAGUGUUUCAUUAGAGAGGUAUGGAACAAAAAUUGAUUUCGUUGAUUAGCGAAGCUGAGGAUUUAUUGAAUCGAUGCAAAUUAAUGAGUCAUAUUGUUGGGGCCUCUAAGCUUGAGAGAAAAAUUAGUGCUGAACUAAAAGGCUUACUUAGUUUGAAAAAUGUUAAAGAUAAAGUAACUUUAGAGCACCAUUUAAUCAGUACCAACAUAACAAAUCUUAGAGCAGUUGUAAAAGCAAUUGAAAAUUCCCCCGAUGUUGUAUCCAUCUUGCAGUCGUUUUCAUAUGAAAAUGAUACUGAGAUUAUAAGUGAUGUUGUUGUAGAUGCAGUUGUUACUGGUGGUUAUAAAUGGAUAAAAAUUAUUGCUCGUAAACCACUUGCAGUUCAUAGGAUAUGGAAAGGAGAAGGUAAUUUUGGAGACAAGGAUCCUAUUUCACUAUCAAAAGAAUUUAUUUUAGCAGCUGAACAAAAUCCUAUUCAUUAUGAAUCUCCAAGUAUUUGCUUUGUGUUUCCUCGAGGUAUAACUAAAUCUGUACAUGAAAGCCUACUCGGAACAGGUGUUACUCCCAUUGGAAAAAUUUUGCCUGACCCAGAUUAUGACAAUAUAAAUGAGUGGAUGAAAUUGGAAGCAGAAUCUAAUUUAGAACACAUCACAAAUUUGCUUUCAGAUUUCACUGCACGAUGUAUGAAAGUGAAUCUUGAUAUUACAAGCCUAAUUGUAUUGACUUCAAAUAUCACAAAUGGAGAGUGUAAUUAUACUUUCCGGGAAGAAGUUCUUUCUAAACAAGCAGCAGAGGAGAGAAGUGAACCUGCACUACCAUUAUUACUUGAGUUUAUUAAUGGCAAAGAACUUUACUGUUGUCAAACUGCUUUUAAUAAUUUUCAACAAAUACUUAAUACAGUUGGAGGACCAGAAGAGAAAAAACGCUCUGAAAUUUUAUUUAAAAAAGUAACUGUUGUUGAAGAUAAUCCAGCCUUUUAUGCUAUGUCUUUAGAAGAAAGUGCUAGUGUGAAAAAUCGCUCAAAGGUUAUUUUUGGAACUGGUGAAACCUUACAAGCAAUAACAACAACUGCCAAUACAGCUUUUGUGAGGGCAGCAGCAAAUCAAGGCGUUAAAUUUAGUUCAUUUUUCCAUGCCUCUCGAGCUUUAACAGAGCAAAAACAAAUGUAUGCCAUGAAACAUUAAUAGUGAAAUAUUAUUUAUUAUAAUAUUUAUAAUUUAUAAAAGAUGAUUUAAAAAUUUA